UCACUCACGGAGGGAGAGAUUGGAGCCAGGAAAAAAGGAAGGAAGGAAGGAAGGAAAAGAAGGGAAAAAGGAAGGGAAAAAGGAAGGAAAGGAAAGAAAGAGCCCGGAUGGCCGCGCCAGGCAGCUGAAAGGACCGGCGCGGAGCCCCUCGACGGCGUGAGGGAGCGGCCUAGGCCUCGUCCUCUUUUUUUUCUCUCCUCAUCUUCGCCCUCGACGCGCCCCGUCAGGCCUCUCCUGAGGAGAAGAAAAAGAGGAGGAAAAGGCCCGCGAGGAAGGCCGCGAAGGGGCCUCGGGCAGCGGCGCCAGGGAAGAAGGAAUCCGGUUUUUGAGCAUCUGGAGGGUGUUGCAGAAGAACACCUCUAGCCUGAGAGAAUGAGUGAACUUGACCAGCUACGCCAGGAGGCGGAGCAGCUGAAAAACCAAAUCAGAGAUGCUAGGAAAGCAUGUGCCGAUGCUACCUUGGCCCAGAUCACCGCCAACAUCGAUCCCGUUGGUCGUAUUCAGAUGCGCACUAGAAGAACACUGAGAGGACACUUGGCUAAAAUUUACGCAAUGCACUGGGGGACUGAUUCCAGGCUUCUUGUCAGUGCAUCACAGGAUGGCAAGUUGAUCAUUUGGGACAGCUACACCACAAAUAAGGUCCAUGCCAUCCCCUUGCGCUCUUCCUGGGUCAUGACAUGCGCUUAUGCCCCGUCUGGAAACUACGUGGCGUGUGGCGGCCUGGACAACAUAUGCUCCAUUUACAACCUGAAAACACGCGAAGGCAAUGUGCGCGUCAGCCGCGAACUGGCUGGCCAUACAGGCUACUUGUCAUGUUGCCGAUUUGUGGACGAUAAUCAAAUCGUCACCAGCUCUGGAGAUACUACUUGUGCCCUUUGGGACAUCGAAACGGGCCAGCAAACGACCACCUUCACUGGCCACACCGGCGACGUCAUGAGCCUGUCCCUGGCUCCGGAUUCCAAGUGUUUUGUCUCCGGCGCCUGCGACGCUUCCGCCAAGCUGUGGGACGUCCGAGAAGGAAUGUGCCGGCAAACCUUCACCGGCCACGAGUCGGACAUCAACGCCAUUUGCUUCUUCCCAAAUGGCAAUGCGUUUGCCACCGGCUCCGACGACGCCACGUGCCGGCUCUUCGACCUGCGUGCCGACCAGGAGCUGAUGGUCUAUUCCCACGACAACAUCAUCUGCGGCAUCACCUCGGUCGCGUUCUCCAAGAGCGGGCGCCUUCUCCUCGCCGGAUAUGACGACUUCAACUGCAACGUCUGGGACACGCUCAAAGCAGACAGAGCAGGUGUCUUAGCCGGCCACGAUAAUCGAGUCAGUUGCUUAGGCGUCACUGACGACGGGAUGGCGGUGGCAACAGGAUCGUGGGAUAGCUUCCUCAAGAUCUGGAAUUAAAGUCUUGGGGACUCUGCUCCGCCGCCUAGAAGACGUUUUCCAAGGGUUGCAAGUUUCCAAUUCUGUCUCGACUACAACUGUACUAACUCGGACACCCCCGGCCCCGCCUCGCCCCGUCCCUCCCCGGCCACCGAAGAGCACAAUUUAUCUCUUUAAACGGAAGGAAAAACAAAAGUUGUGUGGUUGUAUAAAAAAAAAUAGCAAAGUUACAAAAAUAAUAAUUAUAAUAAUCAUAAUAAUAAUUGUGCAUUCCUUUUGGGACCACUUUUCGUCUAGGAAACUAAAAGAGAGAAACGACACUUGUGUAAAAAAAAGCAUGUCCAAACAAAACCGGAAAUUGUGAAGCAGACAACUUUUAACUUUCACUGUAGUUUUAAAAACAAAUAAUAAUAUUACGGCAGAACCAUUGGUUUUACUGCAUUUUUGCGUUUUCGGGGGUGGGCGGGGUUUAAAAUCUCACUUUCCAACUUCGAAGUCGUGUUUGUAGCAGGAUCGAUAUUUUCCUUUCUUGUUCAUAUUUUGUUUUUAAUUCAAUACGAUUCGCUUUCCAAGUUUGGUUGUCGAGCCAAGACACGGGAGUCUGUCUGUCCGGAGCCCAAGUUUGGGGUUGUUAAUGCUGUAAAUUUAGUCCCGGAAUAAUUUUCUUUUUUUUUUAUUUUCCAAAUUUUGUCGGUGUCACAAAUGUGUUGCACACACACACACACACACACACACAUGAAAAUGUUGCAUAUAUAGAAUAAUGUUAAGAAGUAAGAUAAACGAGCACAUGCUGUACAUGAUAUCAUGGAUGUUGUUGUUUUUUUUAAUUAAAAAAUCACCUUUUAAGGGGAAUCAAAAUAAUAUUUUUUUCCCACCCCAUUCUGCCAUCUCUUUGCAUUAUUUAGAUUCCUAUCAGACACUAUAAUGUGUUGUCGAAUGGCCAGAAUCUCUGGGUUAGUGUGAGUUUUCCGGGCUGUAUGAUCAUGUCCUGGAAGCACUCUCUCCUGACGUUUCGCCCACAUCUAUGGCAGGCAUCCUCAGAGGUUAUGAGGUCUGUUGUAAACUAGGCAAGUGGGAGAAAGAACUCUUGUUUGGGUUGCUGUGAGUUUUCCGGGCUGUAUGAUCAUGUCCCGGAAGCACUCCCUCCUGACGUUUCGCCCACAUCUACGGCAGGCAUCCUCAGAGGAUGUGAGUUCCGUUGGAAACGAGGCAUUUGGGGUUUAUAUGUCUCCAGGGUGGCAGAAAGAACUCUUCUUUGGGUUGCUGUGAGUUUUUCAGGCUGUAUGGUCAUAUUCUGGAAGCAUUCUCUCCUGACGUUUCGCCCACAUUUAUGGCAGGCAUCCCCAGAGGUUGUGAGGUCUGUUGGAAACGAGGCAAGUGGGGUUUAUAUAUCUCCAGGGUAGGAGAAAAAACUCUUGUUUGGGUUGCUGUGAGUUUUCCGAGCUGUAUGGCCAUAUUCCGGAAGCAUGCUCUCCUGACGUUUUGCCCACAUCUAUGGCAGGCAUCCCCAGAGGUUGUGAGGUCUGUUGGAAACGAGGCAAGUGGGGUUUAUAUAUCUCCAGGGUGGCAGAAAGAACUCUUGUUUGGAUUGCUGUGAGUUUUCCGGGCUGUAUGGUCAUGUUCCGGAAGCAUUCUCUCCUGAUGUUUCGCCACAUUUAUGGCAGACAUCCCCAGAGGUUGUGAGGUCUGUUGGAAACGAGGCAAGUGGGGUUUAUAUAUCUUCAGGGUAGCAGAAAGAACUCUUGUUUGGAUUGCUGUGAGUUUUCCGGGCUGUAUAGUCAUGUUCCGGAAGCAUUCUCUCCUGACGUUUCGCCAUAUUUAUGGCAGACAUCCCCAGAGGUUGUGAGGUCUGUGGUAAACUUGGCAAGUGGGGUUUAUAUAUCUGUGGAAUGAUGUCCAGGAUGGGAACAACAACAACAAUAAUAAUAGUAAUAAUAAUAAUAAUAAUUUUAUUUUUUUGACAAUUUUUAUUAAAAAUAUUGUGUUUUAAAAUUAUGGAUUAUAUGUUAAAAACAGUAUUUUCAAUCAAAAUUGUUGAUAAAAAAUAAAAUUAUUAUCAUUAUUAUUAUUAUUCCCCAGUCAGGAAGCAGCCAGGCUUUGAAGCUGCAAGGCUAUUCAAUGGCCCAGGGUGGGAGAAAGAAUAUCGAACUCUUUGUCUGUUGGAGGCAACGGUGAACGUUGCAGUUGGCCACCUCGAUUAGCCUUGAAUGGCCUUGCAGCUUCAAAGCCUGGCUGCUUCAUCCCUGGGGGAAUAAUAAUAAUAAGCCUUGAAUGGCCUUGCAGCUUCAAAGCCCGGUUGCUUCCUCCCUGGGGGAAUUAUUAUUAUUAUUAUUAUUAUUAUUAUUAUUAUUAUUAUUAUUAUUAUUAUUAUCCUUGAAUGGCCUUUCAGCUUCAGAGCCUGGCUGCUUCCUCCCUGUGGAAAUAAUAAUAAUAAUAAUAAUUAUUAUUAUUAUUAGCCUUGAAUGGCCUUGCAGCUUCAAAGCCUGGUUGCUUCCUCCCUGGGGGAAUAAUAAUAAUAAUAAUUAUUAUUAUUAUUAGCCUUGCAGCUUCAGAACCUGGCUGCUUCCUCCCUAGGAGAAUAAUAAUAAUAAUUAUAAUUAUUAUUAUUAGCCUUGAAUGGCCUUUCAGCUUCAGAGCCUGGCUGCUUCCUCCCUGGGGGGAUAAUAAUAGUAAUUUUAUUUUAUUUUUUUAUCAAUAAUUUUUUAUUGAAAAGGAAAAAAAGUUUCGAUUACAUAAAAAUUUGGGAGAAUGUUUUAAAUAAAGAAAAGUAGGGAAAAAAAGAAAUAAGUAAAGUUGGGGUAAUAAUAUCCCAACAAUAACUAAUAAUUUUAUUGGGAAAAAUAAGAAAUAAGAAAAGUUGAAGAACUAAUUGGGAUAAUAAUAUCCCAACAAUAAAAACUAAUCAGAAUUUUAUUUUUGUACUCCCCGAAAGGACUCGGGGCGGCUUACCUAUAUAUCAUUCCACAGAUCUAUAAAACCCCACUUGCCUCGUUUCCAACAGACCUCGCCACCUCUGAGGAUGUGGGCGAAACGUCAGGAGAGAAUGCCACACAGCCCGGAAAAACUCACCGCCACCCAGCGAUUCCGGCCACGAAAGCCUUCGACAACACAAGAUUUAAAAUUCGAAAGAGAGAGAGAAAAAAAAACCCUGUCCAGCGCUUGGCUAAUUUCCAUCGAUUCUUUGUGUAUGAAACCGUGUACAAAAUUAUUCUUUUCGUUUUUUUUUUAAAAUAACGAUCUUUGAAAACAAAACUUUUUUUCUUAAGUUUGAAUGAGAACAAGGGGAAGAAGGGAGGGAGGGUGGGAAACAUACACACAUCUGUUUCGGUUGGAUUACUCUUUUUAGAAUCGCAUGCUGUAGAAAUGCUCAAAAAGUGCAUCUGAGACUAAUGUGUUUAACCUGUUUCUUUUUUUUUUUCUUUUUAAACAACAACGACAACAAUAACAAAAGAAAUAUAUAUAUAUAUGAAAAGAAAGCCUGCUUAUCUCCUGUCGCUCCUCUGCAUAGAACCUACGGAAGUUAUUAUUAUUAUUAUUAUUAUUGUGUUGUCGAAGGCUGUCAUGCCCAGAAUCAGUAGGUUGUUGUGAGUUUUCCGGGCUGUCUGACCAUGUUUGAGAAGCAUUCUCUCCUGACGUUUUGCCCACAUCUAUGGCAGGCACCCUCAUGUCCCAGAAGCAUUCUCUCCUGAUGUUUCACCCACAUCCAUGGCAGGCACCCUCAUGUCCCAGAAGCAUUCUCUCCUGAUGUUUCACCCACAUCCAUGGCAGGCACCCUCAUGUCCCAGAAGCAUUCUCUCCUGAUAUUUCGCCCACAUCUAUGGCAGGCACCCUCAUGUCCCAGAAGCAUUCUCUCCUGAUGUUUCGCCCACAUCCAUGGCAGGCACCCUCAUGUCCCAGAAGCAUUCUCUCCUGAUAUUUCGCCCACAUCUAUGGCAGGCACCCUCAUGUCCCAGAAGCAUUCUCUCCUGAUAUUUCGCCCACAUCCAUGGCAGGCACCCUCAUGUCCCAGAAGCAUUCUCUCCUGAUGUUUCACCCACAUCCAUGGCAGGCACCCUCAUGUCCCAGAAGCAUUCUCUCCUGAUGUUUCGCCCACAACUAUGACAGUCACACUUAUGUCCCAGAAGCAUUCUCUCCUGACGUUUCACCCACAUCCAUGGCAGGCACCCUCAUGUCCCAGAAUCAUUCUCUCCUGUCAAAGAGACAAGAAUUCUUUCUCCCACCCUGGACAUUAUUCCAUAGAUAUACAAACCCCACUUGCCUCGUUCUCAACACACCUCACAACGCCUGCCACAGAUGUGGGUGAAACGUCAGGAGAGAGUGCUGCUUCUGGAACAAGGCCACCCUGGACCUCCCACAGACAUAUAAACCCCACUUUGCCUAGUUUCCAACAGACCUCACAACCUCUGAGCAUGCCUGCCGUAGAGGUGGGAGAAACGUCAGGAGAGAAUUCUUCCGGAACAUGGAAAACUCACAGCGACCCAGUGAUAUCCCGGCCCUGAAAGCCUUCGACAACACAAUAAUAAUAAUAAUAAUAAAUACACAACUUGGAAUAGUCUAAUAAAUACUCAUUUUUUGCAACAAUUUCUGUAGGUUUCUCCUGGGGAAGGGAGAGAGGAGUUGGGCUUUAUUUAAAUCAAAUUAAUCUGAAUUUGGUUUUGCCGAAUUAAUGGAAGAUGCCGGGCCGAGCGCACCGCCACCUUUGCCACACAUUUCGAGGCCUCGGUUUCGCCUUUUUCCCCCCCGCAGCGCUUUCUCCUCCACGCCCUUGUAUCCCUUCACCUCCCCUUCCUCUUUUUUUUGUAUUUAAUUUUAAAAAGUCAGUGUACUUCAAGAAAGCUGGAUGCAAGAUAGAUUAUAUUAAAAUGUACUGUUAUUUAAGAUGUAAUAAAGCAGUUUGACAUGA